CGCGGAAGUUCGGCACGCGCUUGCGCGAGAGUCCCGGAGGCGGUGGCUAUGGCUUCGCGAGAAAUGGCAGGCGCGUGUGCCGUGUGCGAGGAGGGACCCAAGUACCGCUGCCCUGUCUGUCGCGCCCCAUAUUGCUCGGUGCCUUGCUACAAAAAGCACAAAGAGCAAUGCAUCUCCAAACCCUCUCCUGUUGUGCAAAAUGGAGACUUAAGUACUCAUCCUGUGAAAACAAAGUUUUUGGAGGACAAAGGUAAAGACUGGUCAGUGGCUGAUAUCCUGGACAGCGAUGAUGAAAAGGACAGAGUCUCUUUUCAGAAGCUUAGGGACCUGGGGGACUCUAAGGAAUUAAGGAACUUACUGACCAAUCCCCACCUCCGGCAGUUGUUGGUCAGCAUUGACCAGGCAGAUGACAAAGAGACUCUCAUGAAAAGCCUUAUGCAGGAACCCCUGUUUGUGGAGUUUGCUGACUGCUGUCUUAGAGUUGUCGACCCUCCUGAGAAAGAAAAUGCUUCGGAUACAGAGGGGUGAGUUGAGCUUGCCCUGAGCUCCUGCCAACAUGGAGAAGCAACUGUUCCACCUUUUAGAGAGGAAACAAAGGUUUGACCCCUCAUGCUGGGAUUUAAAGUGGAAGCUGGAGUACAGGCAGCUCUGGGACUGUCUCAGUGGAGAAGGGCUCAGCUGGGAGCCUACCUCUGGUCACUAAAGGUCUGGAACUCUGCAGCCUCCAUUCCUCAUCUUGCCAAUGAACACAUUGUGCAUAAGCCCCAAAAAGGCAACCUAUUUUGUGAAAAGAAGACCUAUUCAAUAAUAACAUGAGCUGGUUCUUUAAAAAGUUUUAUUUGUUCAUGGUACACAUCAAAACAAGCUUAGGAGAAGGGAAUGUUUGGCAAUGUUUCCCUCCUACACAUCAUUUAAAACAUCAGCUUUUUCCUAGAUGUGACUAUUAAUGACAUUUAAAUAAAAUGGAGGUUUUACUGA